AUGGGAGCCGAAUAUAUUUGCCAGUAUCUCUCCGAUGAAGGGAUUAUUUGUGGAGGUGGAAGUACGCGACCAGAAGGGUGUAGUAUUCACUGGAAAAGACGCCAGCGAUCUCUAUGCAAACAAGAUGGGUGUAUAAGACCGACAGCAUCAAAAUAUGGGUAUUGUAAUUGGCAUGUAAGUAAAUGCCAUUCGAAAGCAAAUUAUCAUCAAAAGAAGAUAAAUAAGAUGUUUUGGGAUGGGCAAACACCAGAAGCAUUAGAACAGGCUCUUGAUAAAAUGUUGCAACAAGUUAAGUUGUUCCUAGAAAGUUGUCCCUAG